CCAAGUCCAACCCCAACCCCCUUUUUCUUCUUCUUCUCUCUAGUCUCUCUCUGCACCUAGCUAGGGCAGAAAAAAAGGAAGAAAAUAGGAGUAAGAGAUUGAUUUUUGUUAGUUGAUGAUGGAGGGAAGAAAACAAGAAGGAGGAACGAUGGUGUUGAUGCCACCCAAUGGUAAUCCAAUUACUGUGCUUCAAACGAAAUACAAAGAGUUAGAAGUUGGAUUUCGUGGUUGGUUAACCAAACAAUCAUUACCAGUUGAAGCUGCUGUUGUUACUAUCACAAGCUCUAUUCAAGGUGCCGCUAUUGGUGGAUUCAUGGGUACACUCACUAAUGAUGCUUCUUCUGUGCUUCCAACACCUCCUGCUGGUGCUGGUUCUCAAGCCAUGGCUUCUUUCCAACAAGCUCAGGCUCUUAGUGGUGGUCCAUUGGUACAAGCCCGUAAUUUUGCUGUGAUGACAGGCGUUAACGCUGGUAUAUCUUGUGUUAUGAAAAGAAUUAGAGGCAAAGAGGAUGUUCAGACUAGCAUGGUGGCAGCUUUUGGUUCCGGAGCCAUGUUUUCAUUGGUCAGUGGCAUGGGAGGUCCUAAUAUGGCAACCAAUGCAGUCACAUCAGGGGUAUUCUUUGCGCUUGUCCAAGGUGGUCUUUUCCAGCUAGGACAAAAGUUUUCUCAGCCACCUGUAGAGGAUACAUUUUAUACCAGAACAAGAGGCAUGUUGUCAAAUCUUGGCCUCCAGAAUUACGAGAAGAACUUCAAGAAAGGCUUGUUAACAGACAGUACUAUUCCUUUGCUUACAGAUAGUGCUCUUAGAGAUGUGAGAAUCCCUCCUGGACCGAGGCUUCUAAUCCUUGACCACAUUCGAAGUGAUCCUGAACUGCAAAAGAAGCGAUGAAGCUGUAGACUGGACCUGUUAGUGAAACUGAUGGUGGACAAUAAAGUUUUAUUUGUGUAGCAGAAUAGAUUCGUUUCUCUUAGUUGUUUAUGUGGGGGAACACCAAUCUUUGUGUGUGAAUUUUGAACCAUUCAGAAGUAAGUUUUACUGAAAUUUCUUAUCACCAUAAUUAUUAGUAGCAGUAGUAAUAGUAGGUACAACAGUACAGGCAUGUGUACGUUUUGCUUCUAAA